UUCUUCGCUAAAAGAGACCCCCAAACACACCAAGAGAGAAGAACACACUGAACCGAAGAAGCAGCACGGAGCCUCUCGACGCGCUCCACGACCCCCGCAAAUCUCUCCAGGUUGUCCGUCUGAGCUCGUCGCCGAGAUGUUCCUCACGAGGACCGAGUACGACAGAGGAGUGAACACCUUCUCUCCGGAAGGCAGAUUGUUUCAAGUCGAAUAUGCCAUUGAAGCCAUCAAGUUGGGCUCGACCGCGAUCGGGUUGAAGACGAAGGAAGGCGUGGUGCUCGCUGUCGAGAAGCGUAUUACCUCGCCCUUGCUGGAGCCGAGCAGUGUUGAGAAAAUCAUGGAAAUUGAUGACCAUAUUGGAUGUGCCAUGAGUGGCUUGAUUGCUGAUGCACGCACUCUAGUUGAACAUGCUCGGGUGGAAACUCAAAAUCAUAGGUUCUCAUAUGGUGAGCCCAUGACUGUUGAAUCCACAACCCAAGCCCUUUGUGAUCUUGCUUUGCGAUUUGGUGAGGGUGACGAAGAAUCAAUGUCUCGUCCUUUUGGAGUCUCUCUUCUCAUUGCUGGACAUGAUGAAAAUGGACCCAGCUUAUACUAUACAGAUCCCUCUGGCACAUUUUGGCAGUGCAAUGCAAAAGCCAUUGGGUCAGGUUCAGAAGGAGCAGAUAGCUCAUUGCAGGAGCAAUAUAAUAAGGACCUAACUCUUCUGGAAGCUGAGAAAAUUGCUCUUUCCAUCCUCAAGCAGGUCAUGGAGGAAAGGGUGACGCCCAACAAUGUGGACAUUGCAAAGGUGGCUCCUACAUACCAUCUCUACACACCUGCUGAGGUGGAGGCGGUCAUUAGUCGACUAUGAGGAGAUUCUCCAUGGAACUUCGCAUUUAGAGUAAUGUUCUUGGCAUGUGCCCCACCCAUGCGUGCUUUUGAAGAAUUCUUGCCUGUAAUUGUACUUUGCAAAGCCAGAGAUUGGAACUGCCAUCCUAUUUUGGUCGGGUUAUCAUUCCAGGACUAAUGUUGUGGAUUAUACAAUUUCUUCCCUUAAUUUGAAUUGAAUACAGUGUAGAGACAAUUAUUCUA